AUGAUUUAUAGAUCUAAACUGUGUCAGGUAUUCUCCCCCAGCUCCCCUAGGUGGGGGUGUAGACUUGUAUCCUGGAGGAACCUCGUGGAUCCAACCCUAGGAUAUUUGGAUGCUAGUGGUGGAGCUACAGUUAACAUCAUUCUAGACAUAGAUCCUUGCCUCACAACACGGCUUAUAACAGCAGAAGAUCUUGCUGACGCAAACGAAAUCACUUUGCUCCCGCUAUGUAAUCAGUUUAAGAAGAUUGUUAUUCCUAAAAACUUUAGUUUGAGUAAGCUGUAUGACCAAGUGACAUCAGAUUGUGAAAAGAUAGUGGCACGUGAUCAGAACAGUGAGAUGAGUGUUCCAGGACGAGUUUGGGUCUUUAACAAUAAUCAUCUUAGUUUGAGAGCUUUGGAUAUAACCUUGAAAAGCACAAUAUUUCAAUUGGAAGAAUAUUUUCUCGGCGAUAUUUUGUAUAUCUAUGUAGAAACCAAAAUUUUAAAACAUCAGGAUAUAUCUAAUAUGCCUGGAAGCCCAGAAUUAGAAGAGAAGGAUACACUAUUGUUUAUUAGAGAAAAACUAGGAAUACGUUUAUUUUUUUAAUUAGACAUCAAACAUUAGACAUCAAACACUAUUUUAAAACUCUUUUUUUGCGUUUUUUUUGGGGCCCACA